AUGUCCGUAAUUGCCCAGGAACACGUUCGAGGCGGGAAUGUUUUUAAAGACCUGAGCGCCGACGACGAAGACUGGCAGCCGACCGAAAUCGAGAGCUUGUGCAUGAACUGCUACCAGAACGGUACGACACGUUUGCUCCUCACCAAAAUCCCCUUUUUCAAAGAAAUCAUCGUCAGCUCGUUCAGCUGCGACCAAUGCCGCUGGUCCAACACGGAGAUCCAGUCGGCGGGGCGCAUCCAGGAGCAAGGUGUGUGCUACACGCUUAAAGUCACGAGUAAACAUGACUUGAACCGCGAAGUGGUCAAAAUGGACAGCGCGACCACCAGAAUACCAGAGCUGGAUUUUGAGAUCCCUCCGUUUACGCAGAAAGGUGCUUUGUCCACCGUAGAGGGGCUUCUGGACCGAGCCGUUGCCGGGUUGGAGCAGGACCAAGCGGCCAGGCGGGAGGCUGACCCUGAAGUAGCUGAUAAAAUCCACACUUUCCUCCAGAAGCUGAAGAAGCUAAAAGACGUGGACGAGGCCUUCACGGUGGUGAUCGAGGACCCGUCAGGCAACAGUUUCGUGGAGAACCCGUCCGCCCCGCUGAAGGACGAAGCCCUGACGGUGUCCUGGUUUCGGAGAAGCGCGCAGCAGGAGAAGCAGUUGGGCUUGCGAGCUGACGACGAGUCGGAUAAUGACCCACCGCCCGGUGAUGAUUUGGAGUCCAUGCGAGGCGAGGUGCUGGUCUUCAACACCAACUGUCCGGAGUGUAACGCGCCGGCUUCCACCAACAUGAAGCUGGUGCAGAUCCCUCACUUCAAGGAGGCCAUCAUCAUGGCAACCAUCUGCGACUCCUGCGGCCACCGCACAAACGAGGUCAAAUCGGGCGGCGCCACCGAGGACAAAGGCACCAAGAUCACCCUGCGAAUCACCUCCGCGUCUGACAUGACGCGCGACUUGCUCAAGUCCGAAACGUGCUCCGUCUUCAUCCCGGAGCUGGACUUCGAGCUGGGCAUGGCGGCGCUCUGCGGCAAGUUCACCACCGUCGAGGGCCUCCUGACGGACAUUAAGGACCUGGUGGUGGCCAAGAACCCCUUCGUGUGCGGAGACAGCGGCGACUCGUCCCGCGCGGACAAGCUCAAGGAGUUCGGCGAGAAGAUCGACAGCAUCAUCGCGGGCCGGACCAAGGCCCGGUUGAUUCUCGACGACCCGGCGGGGAACAGCUACCUGGAGAACGUGUACGUGCCCGAACCCGACCCGGAGAUGACAGUGGAAAUUUACGAGCGCACUUUCGAGCAGAACGAAGAACUCGGGCUGAACGAUAUGAAAACGGAAAACUACCAGGACGAUAAUUGA